GCAUUGACAGCCUUCAUCAAAAACAACUGUGUGUGAUGUGACGUCGUUGUACCAUUUACGCUCCUCCCUCUCUCAAUUCUCUCUGUUUCUGCAAUGGCGGAACAGCAGCAGCCUUUACGCGUGGAAGAUGACGGGAGAGAACAUUCGUCCUCCUCGCCCCGGUGGCCCACUACAUUGACUCUCCCUCUCACUCGCAACGCCACUAGUCUGACUGCGGCCGACCGCUGUCCGGUCCCCCUGGCUGACUAUUCCGAGCCCCCAUCGGACGACCUCCACUCCAGCGACGAGAGCGGUUUCGGGUACUACUAUUACUUCUCCUACUCGAAACCUAUUCUGGUGCUGGACCUGGUGUGGAACUUGGCCUUCCUAAUCGUCGCUGUGGUGGUGCUCUUGUCCACCUUCGAGGAGAGGCCGUCCACGCCUCUCAGGGUUUGGCUCUGUGGCUAUUCUCUGCAGUGCGUUUUACAUGUCUCCUUCGUCUACCUUGAGUAUCUCAAGCGGAUUUCUUCUAUUCAUGAUCGUGCCCCUCAGUCUCCGCUCCGUUCCCCCUUCUUUUUCACUUACACCAGCAUUCUAAAGAAGAUGGAGUCAGUAAAUACAAUGCUAUCUUCCAUCUGGUGGGUGUUUGGAUUCUAUUGGAUUGUUAUGGGAGGCCAAGAACUUCUGCAAGAUUCUCCUCGCCUCUACUGGUUAACGGUAGUUUUUCUAGCCUUCGAUGUGUUCUUUAUCAUCUUUUGCAUUGGGACAGCAUUUAUCAUUUUCUUUGCUCUCUGCUGCUGUAUUCCACUUGUAGCAUUUGCCUAUGCUAUGACAAUAAGACAAGGUGCAUCAGAAGAUGAUAUCAGAUCACUUCCCAAAUAUAGAUUUUGCCAGGCCAAUCCACUUGGGACCUUUGACAAUGAUAAAAUGAAAGUCGCUGGGGCAAGGAUGGAGUCAGUAAACAGUAACUAUACAAAUGAGCGUCCUCUUCAUCCUGAGGAUUCUGAAUGCUGCAUCUGCCUUUCACAAUAUGUAGAUGGAGUGGAGCUCUAUACCCUUCCCUGCAAUCACCACUUCCAUUGUGGAUGCAUCAGCAGGUGGCUCCGAAUAAACGCUACUUGUCCUCUCUGCAAAUUCAAUAUCCUCAGGGGUGAUACUUUGGUUUGACCCUAUUCCCUGGACUCCUGAUUUCACAAAUACACAAGGGCUGGAAUCAUACACUGUUCCAGUUCCUAAUUCCUCUUUGUAAAUUGAUGGGAUAUUGAAGACUAUUUUACAUUCAUAUUGUAUAUUUUGUAGUUGUAGCCAGACAAGCUAAAAAAGCAGAAAAAUCGUUCACCAA